GGCGUGCCCGACAGUGUGUUGUUCUGCGUGCGUGCGCGCGCGCCCUCUACUGUGGGAUAAGCGAUAGUCGCAAGUUGUAGUACAUUGUAAAUUGAAAGCAGGAGAAUCAUUCGCCCAUGUCGUAAAUAUACAUUACAAAUUAUCUUCGACUGAGUACAUGUAAUAAUUAGCUAAUUGUGUGUCUGCUGAAACAGGUAUAUAUGUGUUUUUGAAGAAUUACAAGGGAUUUAAAGCAGAAGAAAUAGCUAUGUAUCGGUCUCUGUAUGCCUUCCGAUCUGCGGAGCCCAACUCGCUCCACUUCGGGUCCGGCGAGAGCUUUCUGAUCCUGGAACGCAGCAACAAACACUGGUGGCUCGGCUCACGCUGCAGUUCGGGCGAGACAGGCUACGUUCCCGCGUCUUACAUCGAAAGGAUUCAGGCUCCAGAGCAGGAUGAGGUUUUACAGUCUAUCGACAGGGCCAUCGAAGGGAUCCAUAACUUGGCCAUGAAGAACGGGGGCAAAUACAACCUGGAGCAGCGAGACAUGCUACAGAAGUUGAUCCAUCACAGGAAGGAGACCCUGUCAAGGCGAAGUCCAACUACAUCCAGUCCUAUGCAGGGCCUGUCCUCCUCUACCAGUGAACUGUCCCUCAGCCACACCCCUCAACCACCCAAUGGGAUCAACCGCACAAUGUCAGAGAGUACCGACAAUGUGCAGGGGCUUUACCAGGUGCCUCCUCAGCCCCGUCGUGCAGCACCCAUAACUCCGCCUCCUCCUGAGAAACUAAGAGCCAGCCGACACCCAGCAGAGUCAUCCAUUCCUCCUCUUACUGGCCCCGCCCCUGCAGCAGGGACUGGCCUGUCCCCCUCUGUCAGCUCUGCCUCCCUGGACUCUGGUUCCUCCCACUCUGUGGUGUCCUCUGAUGUCAGCCUUCCAAGCGUUGCCAGCACCCCGCCCCCAGUGCCAAGCCGUGUGAAGCCCCCACCCCCUCCUCCAGACGACCUACCUCCCUCUGACCCCUCUCCCCAGCCAGAUCCCUCAAAGAAGGGCCCCGCACCCCAACCUCAACCUCAGCCCACUCACCCACCACAGCCCAGCACUGAGGACCAAUCAGAAACCGACUGGCCUCUUGCCCCGCCCUCUGUCGCUGAAAGCCCCCCCGGCAGCCCCACUCACUCAGAGCCUGUGCCCGGGACAACCGGGGCGGAGCUUAUCGAGCUGGUGAGGAGGAACACGGGCCUGAGUUACGAUCUGUCUCGGGUAGCGGUGGGUGUGGUCGUGGGUCACUUGCAAACUACCUUACCUCAAGCCUCCUCUGCCUUAGAGAAAGUCCUCCUCUCAUUGGUAGAGAGCAAGGAUCAGAGUUCGGCGUUGCCACAGGGACAAGUGUGUCACGAUGAACAGCGCCUGGAGGUCAUCUUAGGCGACCUUGCCCGUCACUUUGACGACUCUCAACAGCGCAGCUGGGCCCUUCACGAAGACCACUCUCUCAUUGCAUGUUACCUGGAGGAGCUGCUGAAGAUACUGACGGAUGCAGAUCCAGAGGUGUGUAAGAAGAUGUGCAGGGCCAACCACUCAGAGCCAGUGCUGUCACUAGUGACCUAUUACCAGAUGGAACACCGAGUGUCUCUACGCCUGCUGUUGCUCAAGGUGUUUGGGGCGAUGUGUAGCCUGGACUCUGCCCUCAUCUCCACCCUCCUCAACUCCAUCCUGCCCAUGGAGCUGGCCAGAGACCUGCAGACAGACACACAGGAACAUCAGAAGAUGUGCUACACAGCCUUGGUCUUGACUAUGAUCUUCUCUAUGGGGGAGCAGGUGCCCUAUCACCACUAUGAGCACUUAAACGCUAGUUUUGUUCAGUUCCUGCUAGAUGUGGUUGAGGACGGUCUUCCCUCUGACCCCACAGAGCAGCUCUCUGACCUCUGUGUCAAUCUCAUCCUGGCCUUUAACCUGCACCUCAUAGUGCCCAGCAGCAACGUGAUAAUGCAGACUGUAGUCAAGAAGAACGUGAAGAUCUUCUCUGAGAAAAUAGUGCUUCUACUAAACAGAGGAGAUGACCCUGUGUGUGUCUUUAAACAUGCCCCCCCUGCCCCACACUCAGUACUUAAGUUCCUGCAGGAUGUCUUUGCCAGCCGAGACUCUUCAGACAUCUUCUACCGCACGGACAUGAUGGUGAUGAUAGACAUCGCUGUUCGAUGCAUCUCUGACCUCUCACCUGGGGACAAGUUGAGGAUGGAGUACCUCUCCCUCAUGCACUCCAUCAUACGCUCCACAGACUACCUGGAGCACCUGCACCGCCUCUCCGACCUGCAGGGCGCACUGCAAAGGAUUCUGAGAGAGGAGGAUAACUCAGGAGCGGACGAGGGCGGGGCCACAGCUAAACAGAUGGAUAAGCUAAUAGUGCAGGAGAUGUACAAGGAAUUCCCUCAGAUCAGCGAGAGCUAGGAGGACUGAAUAUGACAGUGGUGAUGUGCACUCAUCCAGUAGUCUGCUCCUUGAUACUGAGGGAUGGUACUUAGGGACUUCCUAGGAUUAAGAAAGGACUGUAGACCGCUACUUAGUUUCUGAGAUAACAUACUGUUACAAUUGACUUGAACCAUCCAUCAUAAGGGCUAAAGCCCUUAUGAUGUAAUCCCUUGUACUGAGGGGCCAGACUACAGUGUUUUAUGUAGGGCCUUGUAACCCUGGUACUAGUGUACUGUAUUCUGUAGAACAGUGGUUCUCAAUCUUGGUCCGGGGACCCAAAGGGGUGAACUUUUUAGAUUUUGCCUUAGUACUACACAGCUGAUUCAAAUGAUCAGCUCAUCAUCAAGGUUUGAUUAUUUGAAUCAGGUGUGUAGUACUAAGGCAACUAAAAUAUGCACUCUUUUGGUUCCCAGGACCAAGAUUGAGAACCACUGCUGUAGACCACUUCUUUAUCACUCAUUCUUAUUCCUCAUCACAUGGCAUGGCCUCACAGUAUGUUCAAUGAAAUGAAAAGACAAAUGAGCUAAUACACUGAUAACAAAACAUUCUGGGCCGGUUUCCUGAACACGGAUUAAGCCUAGUUCUCUAAACUAAAAAGCAUGCUCAGUUGAGAAUCUCCAUUGACUAUGCUUAAUCUGUGUCUGGAAAACAAGCCCUCUCUCAACAAGACAUUCUAGGCUUUGAGGUUACUUUUAAAACUCACAAUUUAUUGCAAUGGCAAUGCUGCUAUGUGGUGAACCUCACUUAAUAUCUAUGGCUGUGAUUGUCUGACUGAGCACUACUUGUUACCUUGCUUUCUGCCCUACACUUUAUCUAUAGUAACCUCCUCUCUAGGCAUGGCUAACCUAUGACAUGCCCUAAAUUCUUCCUAACAAGGCUGCUCCUACUCUGCUCUGCUGCUUGUGCUGUAGAUGGAACGUAACAGCACUGUAAUAACAAGGCUGUACCAAGUAACAACAAGCUGUAACACGUUGCUUCAACAUACUAAGCCUUGCCUAACUUCCUAUAUGGUUAUGGCUCUGUGAAAGGGAAUGGUGUUUCCACUGGUAGUUAUUUAUUAGUACGAAAUAAUAAGGGAUUGAUAUGUUUCGAUUGUUCAGUGUUACUUUAACUGCUGUCUGGGGUUAACUAAGUGACUUGUCACCAAAUGCGAUUGAUUACUUUUCCUUGAACAUUUUGGCACGAAAUCUCUCUGUUAUCAGUCCCAUCCUUAAGAUGGCACUCCACUCUGCCCCCUACUAUAUAAUUCAACCCCUUACUAUAGUACCCCUGAGAAUCACUGUACAAGACACAAAGGACAUCUUAGUUUCCACCCAUUUUGCAGGACACACACAUCCAGUUUUUUUUUCACAUUGCAAGUCUCACUCUCUUAAUGACUUCUCUAAGUCACUGUCUCCCACUCUAUCAAAGCUUGUUCUCCCUUGUAUCAUAGGUUAUUUUUACUCAGCUCUGUUAGAGCUAAUAGUGGAAGCGUUUCUGUGGCAAAAUGUUCUAGUGACCAUCGUGAUACACAUAUACUGUACCCUUUAGCACACUUAGUGUUUACAUAUUUAAACAUGGGAUAUACCAGAGUGUACUCUGUGAUAUGUGUUUUUAUUAUCCUGUGUUUAUGCAUAAAGCUAUGCAUGUGUCUAUGUAUGUCUAUGUAUAUUGUUGUAAGUGUGUGAGAAGGUGUAUGGUUUCCUGUUGUUUAAUCAUUGUCCUAUGGACUUAUUUUGUCCCUUAAAGCCCCCACUGUGUUAUAGUAAUAAAAUCAAUUUAUCUAUUUUCCCAAUUAAAUAUAUUUGAAAUGGUUGUUCAGAGAGAGGCGAUGGUAAGAAAGUGUAUUUUCUUAAUGUUUAUAAUCUACUAAUAAACAAACAUCUC